AUGGACUCGCCGCAGCUUCUGCUGCACCCACCAACCAAGGCUCCUUAUCCGGACGAACGGCUCUUGCCACGUGGCAUCACCGAAGCGGCCGUUAUCAGUAUCGACCAAUCUCCGCAGGCGGACCUUGCGCGGGUAAGCCAAGGCGAACUGUCUGGCCUCCCCGUGCUAGCCUCGUUCCGCGCGGAAGACUGGGACCUGGAGCAGGGGGAACCGCGCGAGGCGCAGGGCGCAAGCGCGGAAAUACCCGCGGGGGAUCGGUCCGGCGCGGUAGCAGGCGUCGGCGAUACAGGCAGCCUUGGGAUUGACGCGCUUUCAGCAGCAGCGAGGGCAGGCUCAGAUGAUCCACGGGGGAGGGAGGAGGUUACCGAGGGAAACAGAGAGACGGGUCGCGAGAGGAGACAGGAGGCCGAUGUGGAGACUUUCGGGGCGAGUAGAGAACGAGGCGAUCACGAAGAGCGUUCGUCAAGUGAUGACGAAGGGAGCAGUUCAGGGGAGGACGACGUCGAGCUAAGCCAUUCCGACUCCGACACCACAGACCCCUCGUGCACCUCAGACCCACCCUCCACAUGCUCCUCCGCGGCCAUCAUAGCGUGUUUCGUGCACGGGGGCGAUCGGCCGCUGUGGCCCUUCUGCGUGGACGCGCGGCGGCUGUGGUGGUACUGGCGCGCGCUGCUGCUGCUGCUGGUGGCGCUGGUGCUGUACGGCGCGUCGCUGGGCAUGGCGUGGCUGGGCAAGAUCGGGGACGCGCUGCUCGUGCCCUGCCCCGUCUGGCCCACCUCUGGCCUCGCGCUCUACGCCGUGCUCGUGUUCGGCAUGGGCACAUGGCCGGGCAUAUUCCUGGGCGGUGCACUCCUCGUGUACACCGGGGCCGCAUGGCACCUCGCUGAACACCUCUCCACCCUGCAGAUCGCCCUCGCAUCCCUCACAAUCGCUGCCUUCCUCACAGCCUCCGUGCUCUGCCUCUCCUUCUUCCUCACACGCGUGCUGCACCGCCUACGCCCGCACGACCUCACCCCUCUAGACCGAGUCAAAGACAUCUUCCUCUUCGCACUCUUCUCCUUCCUGGUCUCUCUGCUCUUCGAAGGGGUCGUCGCGGUCGUAGUCAGCGCAUGGGAUGCUGACCUGGCGGGUGACAGCGUGGCAGUGGCGGCAGGGCUAAGAACGCUAGGGACGUUCACGGGGAUCAUGCUGACAGUGCCGCUGCUCCUGCAGAUCACCGCCUCCUGCCUGUGCUGCUGCGCCCGGCAGCCCAGCCAGGAGGGAAAGGAGGGGAAAGAGGGGCAGGAGGGGAAGCAGGGACAGGAGCGGGAGGAGGGGCAGGAAGAGGAGGAGGAACUGGGCGCUGUUGAAUCACCUCGGUCCGAAGCAAAUUCCGUCUUUGCUUCUUCCACACGUCUCCAGCCGCCCCUGGGCGAGCAGCACGGGCGACGGCGCGUAAGCCUGAUGACAGGUGUAGGUGGGGGGAGAGAGGGUGUGGGGAGCGAGGCAGACUUGGAGUCGGUGGGAGAUACGGUAGGCAGCAGCGCAAGGCUCCACACCCCCCCCUCCUUCCGCACUCUGCCCUUCCCUUCCCACAUCCCCUCCCACCCCCCCCACUCCAACCCCAACUAUUUAUCCCUCCGCCGCCCCAUCCAUUACCACCUGCAAAAACUCCUGAAAAACCCCCUGGUGGUCAGCAUCUGCAAAACCCUUGCCUCCCUGCGCUUCUGGGAGUUCAUCUUUCUGCUUCUGCUCAACGCUGCCACGGCUGGUCUCAUCUUCUCCACCCCUGCAGCCCCCACUACUUCCUCCACCACCACCACUGCUGUCCCUGCCGCCACUACUGCCACUGCCGCCCUCCCCUACCUUCUCUUCCCGGGGGUCCUCUGGGCGUGCAUUCGCUUCCACCGCAAGGGCUCGGGGCUCGUACUCGUUAUAGUCGUCCUCAUUGUGUGCUUCUGCACGGCGCAGGGGCGCGGGCCGUUGGUGAGGGAGACGGCGAGUGGGACGGUGCUGCAGGUGCAGGUGCUGGUGCUGGUGCUGAGCUUGGGCGCUGUGCUGCUGGCGGCCGCUGUGAGAGACACCAGGCGCCUGCGAGAGGGGCUGAGGCAGCUCAACCUUUCUCUAGAAGGGGAGGUGGCGAGACGAACCGAGCAGAUGCAGGCAGUCAAUGAGGAUCUGAAGAGGUCAAAGGAGGAGUUGGAGGAGGCAGGGCGGGCCAAGACAGAAUUCCUCGCCAACAUGAGCCACGAGAUCCGGUAUGAGCCUGCACAGUGCCCAGCCGCACCACUUCCAUGA